ACGUCUCCACCACUUCAUAUGCAAUUUCCCUCUCGAUCGCACGCACGCCGCCGCACUUCCCUCCGCGCUGCACAUCCCGUCCUCCACCUGCACGCCAAUGGCGCCCUCACCGCCAAGUACUACAUGCAUUCACCGCCACCGUCCAUUCCUCCGACUUCUAGUCCUUGUGCUCGCAGGAAUCCGGCCCGCCUCGUCGCAGUUCAUCCUCACGCCGCCGACGGCUGGCGCCACCUUCGCUGGGGCGUCAACACCGCCCCCACCGCCAACUGCCGGAGGACUUGGCAGCGGGACCUUUAACGUUGCCACCUCGAUCCUCUUUGUGGGUGUAAUCGUGGCCCUCUUCUUGGUCGGCUUCUUCUCCGCGUACCUCCGCCGCUGUGCGGACGCCGCCACGGGCGCGCGCCGAGGUGGUGCCGCCGCGAACGCCAACGCUGCCGUCGCGGCAGCUGCGGCAGCCGCAUUCUCGUCCGCGGUUAGCCGUAGCAGGAGGCGUCCUGGUCUCGACGUCGCCGCGAUGGAGGCGCUGCCGGUGCUGACGUACGCGAGGGCGAUGGCGGUCAAGGCCGGCCGCGGGGCUCUGGAGUGCGCGGUGUGCCUCGCCGAGUUCGCCGACGACGGGGAGAAGCUCCGGCUCCUCCCCGGGUGCUGCCAUGUCUUCCACGCGGCGUGCAUCGACGUGUGGCUCUCGGCGCACGUCACCUGCCCGGUGUGCCGAGCCGACUUGGCCGACCCCGCCGUCGCCGCCGCCGGCCAUGUCCUGGCCGCUGAUCUCGCUGCUCAGGUAGAGACGUGCAACGACACGGUGAUAACCGUCGAGACUUCGGAUCCAGCACCAGUUGAAGAUGCCGUGUCUGAUCAGCAGUCGGCAGAGACAGCGGAGGAGCGCGUGGAUCGAUUCACGCUGCGGCUGCCGGAGAGGCUGAGGAGAGAGAUCGAGGAGGCCAAGCGGCUCCGCAGAGCGAUGAGCGCGGUGACCGCCGCUGCAGCCGCGAGCCCAUCAAGCGGGCGGUGGGUCCCGUCGACGUUACGGACAAUGUCGGCAGCGCGACCUAGCGGUCGAUGGUCGGCGUUGUUCCGCGCGUUGUCGGGACAGAACCGAGGCGAGCUGGGCGGCAGCAGCCGAAGGGUGGCGCCGCUGAAAACUCACGCCGCCAGCGAUGACGCGGUGGAGCUGGUGGUGGUGCAGGACGACGGCGGGCAAGCGGAGAAGUACUAUGCGCACAGCCUCACCUUCGCCGGGUUCGUCAUUGACGGUGACGUCGCAGCUGGCGACUGGAACCCGGAGGUCUUCCAGAUAUCUUCUGCCGUCCCGGCGGCGGCGACGUCCCAGCGAUGAAGCCAGGGAAACACAUUUAGUUGUUUUUUGGUCUUUCUGAUGAUCUCCUUUCCUAGCAUUGAAAGUAGUGGAGAUCCAAGUGCUCUGUUGUUGAAUGUAACCGGAACUGUACAUACGUAAAUACAAACUUUUUUUU